CGGGCCGGCUCCCAACCCAGUCGCGAGGACCGGAAGCAGCUUCCGACCGGGCGCUUUCCCGGCAUCUUCCGGAAAACGCGGGGUCGCUCUUCCCCGUCGGGAGGUCUCGACCCUAGAUUCUCCCCCGGCGCAGGAUCAUCUGGGUCUGCUGCUCCUUCUCGGCACCCGGACCCCUGCCCCCUGCCUCUUGACCACGCAGCACUGUGGUCCAAAUGUCUGCAGAAUUGAGAAAGUCCUCACUCCAUCCACAACCUUCAGAGGAGUCUGACAGCAUUGUGAUAGUGAAGAUGGAAGAGGAAGAGCAGAUCUGUGAUCUGGACUCCAGCCUCCCCUGGAGCACCUCCUGCAGCCCAGAGACCUUCCACCAGCGGUUCAGGCACUUUGGCUACCAGGAGUCGCCUGGGCCCCGGGAGGCUCUGAACCGGCUCCGGGAGCUUUGCCAUCAGUGGCUGAGGCCCGAGGUGAACUCCAAGGAGCAGAUCCUGGAGCUGCUGGUGCUGGAGCAGUUCCUGGCCAUCCUGCCUGAGGAGCUGCAGGCCUGGCUUCGAGAGCACCGGCCCGAGAACGGAGAGCAAGCCGUGACUAUGCUGGAGGAGCUGGAGAAAGAGCUUGACGGGCCAACUGAGCAGGUGUUUUUUGGACAAAAUGAGGACAUGCUUGCAGAGAAGUUGACACCUUGGGAAAUUCAUCGGGAAUCACCAAAUAGCCAGAUCAAGCCCGUUAAGAAGCAGCUGCCAUUAACAUCACGGGAGUUUCACUCAAGACAAAAAGCUAAAGAGAGCAAAACUAUCAAUGUGAAUUCAGCUUCAAGGCAAAAGACUCCUCCAACCAUAGAACUGCCUUACAAUAUUUCUGACACCCUUCAUAUGAAUGCUUCCCAGAGUUUCACGUAUAGAAGAGCUUGUGAACAAGAUAGUGGGUUUGAAAGAAAACAGAGAAACCCUUCUGGAAAAAAACAACAUAAGUGUGAUGAAUGUGGCAAAGUCUUCAGUCAGAGCUCAGCCCUUAUCCUACAUCAUAGAAUCCACAGCGGAGAGAAACCUUAUGCAUGUGAUGUGUGUGCAAAGGCUUUCAGCCGAAGUGCAGUCCUGAUUCAGCAUCGAAGAACUCACACUGGGGAAAAACCCUACAAGUGUCAUGAAUGCGGGAAAGCCUUUAGUCAGAGCUCAAAUCUUCUCAGACAUAGGAAAAGACACACUAAAGAAAAAGGCCCAUCAGUGUUGUAAGGGAAUCAAAGCAUUUGCUCAGAGCUUUGUCAGCAGGAUAAGACAGAAAGCACACACACUCUUUCAGUAUUUCAGUAGUUUUUAGUGGGCACUGGUUUGCUUUCAAAAGUCAUAAGAGCUACAGGAGAGAAUGUAGAAUAUCUUCUAUCAACAUUGUUUGCUUUUCUGCUUAUCAGUGCAGUGUCAAUCCAGAUGUUUGAGAUUCUAAAGCUGAAUUCAAAUUUCCAUCCCCAGGGCAGCUCUUGCUUGAAAAGAUAUUCCCAAACAUGUUCUAUUUCCAUUACUAACACAAGUAAUAAACUAGUAUAUUUCUUUUUAGACAAACAUAUUUUCCCUGUUGAGAAGGAAUCAGUAUCAAGAUAAGUGUUUUCUUCUAUUCCAUAACUUGAGCAUUGGAGUUCUCAGACCAAAGAUUAGAGCAUUUUAAAAUUUUUUACCAUUUGUUUUCUCUUACCAGAUUCAAAAUACGAGAAUAGGAUUGAGGAGACUCAAAAGAAUUGAUACCUUCAGACCUAGGCUGAAAUGUCCAGGUUCAUUGUUAGGAGGCAGAUGAGUAAAGGCACUCAAUCUCUUAUGGAAAUUCACAAAAGCCUAUAUACUAUUGAUAAUACUAAGUAGUUUCCUAUGUAGGAAAUAAAUAAUCUCCUUUACAAUGUAAUUUGGAAAUAAAUCCAUGAAAACAUUAAGAAUGUCUUAGGAACAUUCUACAUAAGGAACAUUCUAAUAAAUAGGGCUAUCUGUGGAUGCUCAUAUAAGGUUCAUGGUCAUCUUAAAAUGAAAAAAGGGAGAUGAAAAUACUGUCCAAUUAAGACUGAUACAAUACAAAUAUUAGCAAGUGUGGCGUGUGAUGGAGAAGUACCACAGCUUACAUGGAAAAGGAAAAGGAAACCGUUAACAACUGACCACUAUCCUUCACUGUUCUUCAUGGCCCCCUUUCUGGCAUAAAUCAGCUGUGAAUAUGUUUCAGGCAUCACAAGACAACCUUUUCAGUGUCUUAUGCAUGCUUAGUAAGGCUUGUUUGUAGACAGGUUGUCAGGACAUGAGACCCUGGGUUUUGAUGCUCCGGUACAAAAGAAGACAUUACCAAAUUUCAAUUUAAAGAGUCCACUGAGUUUUACCCAUAGUUAAAUCAAUUAGAUUUCUUGUUUAAAAAUAAAAUGACUGACUUGUAUGUUAUUAAAAUUAUUCUGACAGUGUACAACAUAACAUUUCCUUUUCUAGAGAUUCUUGAUAAAACUAUUACAAGAAUACAUGCAUUAUAAUGUUUUUUGUGGUACCACAGUUACCCAAUAUGGAAAGCAAACAUCAGAAAUGAAAGUCUUCAGGAGAAGGGAAGAGGGGACUCAUAGUAAACUUCUUUGUCUGAGCGGGUUUCUUGUGAAGUAUAAACAUUGCAUUAUCAGAAAAUCCAACCAUAUGUAGUGCUUAGAGUAACUCCAGACACAAAUAUGGGAUUACUUUGCUCUACUUAGAAUAUUAAUAACAUAAGAUUGGUAAGGAGAGAGGUGAAUGUAAAUUGUAAUUACAGAAUUUUCUGAUAGUGAUUAUACUUUGUAGCUGUAGUUAAUAGGAAUAUAGGGUUUUGUAUAUUUUCAGUUAUUAAAAGUGUAGGAGUCUUUAUUUGGGCUCAUUCUGUUCAUAAUUAAAGGAACAAGCCAUCUAUUAAAGCAGCAAAUGCCUCAGAAAUAUGUAUUGUGAAUUAUUGCUUAAUUAUUGAAAGAGUUUGUUGUUACUAUGUGAAUAAAAUGACAGAAUCUUAAUCAA